AUGCUGAAAGAGUGGCUGCUGAACGACGGCAAGUUGGGCGACAUCCGGGUGGAGGAGAAGUUCGUCAAAAUCGCUGAGACGAUGGAGACGGACCAGUAUGUGACGAUGACGAUUCUCCAGAUGGAGAAAGAGUUUGGCGACUCAGAAGAAGCCCAAGAGUUUAUCGCAGAAAUCUGCAAGGGGCAGAAAGGAACGCCUCAUCCACAAGCUCCAACUAUUAAGAAGGCUCGCAUGUACAAGGUACUCAAAGCCCUGUUGGACGAGAGGCGACGAGGCUCGAGGGGCGAAGCAUCUGCUAGUGUUGGAGGCUCGAUCCAGGACCCUGCUGCAAAAGCAGCUUUUGCCAAGACGCUGGCUAGCCAGACGGAGAAGCUUGAGGGAAUGGAGCUGGUAGACAGAUCGACCGGAAAGAUCGUAAUCCCCAAGCCCAACAAAAAACCUAAGCCGCAAACCGAUGACGAAAAGAUGGUUGCCAACUUCAAGGCACUCGUGACGAAGCUACUUGACUAA